GCUCGACGGCGACGACUCAAAACCCUACCGGAUGCAAGUUGGGAUUUUAUAAGUGAGCUGCCUUUAGAGGUAAAGGACAGAAUUUUGGAGUGUUUGCCCACCCGAGACGCCGCCAGAAUGGCUCUGCUCUCAACCUACUGUAAUGAUGCUUGGUUGCAGCAUGGGCGGCUUGCGUUCGAUUCGGACUUCUUGCAUAGUGUUGAACACCGCAAAUUAAAGAUGAUGACAGUAGAACCCUCGUGAACAUAAUCAAUAAUAUCCUCUUUUUCCGUGCUGGGCCUAUUAGGAAGUUUACUCUAGAGAUAAACACUGCAUAUGAUGCAUCGCCGCAGCAAUCCGAUUUUGAUAAGUGGUGUCUUUUUCUUUCAAGAAAUGGUGUGGAGGAACUUAACAUAUCUUUAUAUAGUUAUCUAGAGCCAGAUUAUCAGCUGCCAUUUUGUUUACUCUCUUGCAGGACAAUUAAGAAACUGAUAGUCGAAGGUCCCUUUAUUGAUUUGCCUGUAAAUGGUUGUGGUAUAUUUUCCAAUGUCACUUCAUUAGCUUUCUUCAAUGUUUCAUUUAAGCGUAGCGUUAAUGGAAUUGCCUCUAGUAUUAGUACUCCUAAGCUUGAGAAGCUGGCUUUCAAGGAUUAUGGAGGGAUCAAUAAGUUUGAGAUCAACCCUCCAAAGCUUGAAAUCUUGUCUGUUAUUGGUUCUAUAUAUGAUAUAUAUGAUUUUGGUGAUUCGAGAUGGUUGGCACUACAUUUGAAAGCCAUUAAGACUCUUUGGUUGUGUGGCUCUUCGUUGGAGUGUAUGCGUGUAUCUAUGUUUCCAACUUCAAUAAAUCUGCGAGUGCUGAAGCUAUAUGGAUUACAUUUUGGUUAUUGGGAUCAGCCACUCGUUUUUAUGCAAUUGCUUCAAAAAUGCCCCAACCUAUGUGAACUGCAGAUUAUGGCGGAUGAGUAUGACAACGAACUGAACGAUGCUGCUUCAAGGUGUUUGAAGGGUCGAAACGGUUGCUUAUUUAUUCAAGAGCUGCAGAUGCUUAACAAAGUUAAGAUUGAAGCAUUCAGUGAUCAAUCCGCACUGGAAAUGCUUUUUAUGAAAACACUGCUCUUAAAAUCCCCUGCGUUAGAGAGAGUUGUUAUUGUGAAGUCUUGUAGUAUAAAUGCCUCCGAGGUGAGAAAAAUCCAAAGGAAGUUGCAAUGCUUCCCUCGUGCAUCUCCAAAGGCACAAAUUGUAUGCGCUGGCAACUACUAUGCGGGUAUGAAUGAGGACUGGAUGGAUACCCAUGGUGUUAGGCUUUUAGAAACUUAGUAUGGUGAAUCUCCAUGGGUUCUAUUUGGGUGCAGCUUAGGAAUGUAAGCAAAUGUUGUGUUGGAAGUUAAAAUGUUUUCUAAGUUGUUCA